CACAGCCCGGGGCCACACCUGAAGGCCCGGUAGGGCCGAAGCCCGGGCGGGAGCCGCCCGCAGAAGUGCCCGCAGCGGAGAGCGGGGCCUGCCCGUCCGCCUCUAGCCCGGGUCUGUGCGGCGCCCUGCACUGCGGCCUCGGGGUGGACAUGGAGCCCGGUCGGCGCGCCCCGCGGCGCAGGGCGGCGGCGAGGGGGCUGCCGCUCGGCGCGGCCGCGGCCGCGGCCGCUAAAGGGCUGCGGGAGGACCUGCGGGGCCUGGUGCAGAUUCCAAAGCAAGACGGGCCGAGGGAGGAGGAGGCGGCGGCCAGACACGAGUUCCUGCUGCCAAAUGAGAAAAGCUUCCAGAAUGCUGCUAGAAGCAAUAAUUUGGAUCUUAUGGAGAAGCUGUUUGAAAAGAAGGUUAACAUUAAUGCUGUGAAUCAUAUGAACCGCACAGCCCUGCAUUUCGCAGUGGGGGCAAAUCAUUUAUCUGCGGUGGAUUUCUUGCUCAAUCACAAGGCCAGGGUGGAUGUUGCUGAUAAGCAUGGUUUGACAGUAAUUCACCUUGCUGCCUGGUCUGGAAGCCUUGAGGUCAUGCUCAUGCUGGUGAGAGCUGGAGCAGACCAGAGAGCCAAGAAUCAGGAUGGAAUGAAUGCCCUCCACUUGGCGUCUCAGAGCAAUAAUGUGCGCAUCGUGGAGUACCUCAUUCAAGAUCUGCACCUGAAGGACCUGGACCAGCCUGAUGAGAAAGGAAGAAAACCAUUUCUCUUGGCAGCAGAAAGGGGCCACGUUGAAAUGAUAGAAAAACUUACCUUGCUUCAUCUGCAUACCUCAGAAAAGGACAAGGAGGGGAACACCGCCCUGCACCUGGCAGCAAAGCACGGUCACAGCCUUGCGGUCCAGAGGCUGCUCGCCCAGUGGCAAGAAAUAAAUGAGACCAAUGAGAAGGGCGAAACACCAUUCUUCCUAGCUGUUGAAGGAGGCCAUGAAGACUGCAGCAGAGUGCUGCUGGCAGCAGGGAGUGAUAUCAACCUUCCAAACAAACUCAAUAUCAGCCCCUUGCAAACAGCAACUCGGAAUGGCCACGCACCGCUUGUCAGCUUUCUUCUCAGUGAGAACGUUGACCUGCACCAGAAGGUGGAACCUAAGGAGUCUCCUCUUCAUUUAGCUGUUAGCAACAACCAUAUCACAGUGGUAAACAGCUUAUUAGGUGCCCAGCAUGAUGUUGACAUCUUAAAUCAGAGGCAGCAAACUCCUUUGCAUGUAGCUGCUGAUUGUGGAAAUGUGGAACUGGUGGAAAUCCUGCUGAAGGCGGGCUGUGACCUGAAGGUUGUUGACAAGCAAGGGAAGACCGCCCUGGCCGUGGCCGCCAGGAGCAACCACAGCCUCAUUGUGGACAUGCUCAUUAAAGCGGAGAGGUACUACGCCUGGAGAGAGGAGCAUGGUGAGAACCUCGGGGACCAAUCAACCAGCCUCAUGGUGACGUUCAAGCAAGAUCACAGUCAGGAGACCAGGCACAUUCGCAGUGUCCUCUGGGACCUGGCUUACCGUCACUUGAAAGCCAACGAGUGGCAGAGGCUGGCCCGUUCAUGGAACUUUACAGACACCCAGAUCAGAGCCAUUGAGGAGCAGUGGUCAGGUGAGGAGAGCUUCCGUGAACAUGGCCACAGAGCUCUGCUCAUCUGGCUGCACGGGGCCCUGGUGACGCAGGCCAUGCCGGCCAAGCACCUUUAUGAAGAGCUUGUGCGCGCGGGCUUCCCGGAACUGGCUGAAAAGAUUCGUCAAUUUAAAAGUGAAACUGACUCAAGGCACAAGAAAUGUGCUGUUUCAUAAAUGCCUAAAGAAGUUGUAUUUAAAUGAUUUUCCACUCCGGAUUCAGUCCUUUUAAAUUUCAGUUCUGUAAAUGUCAUGAAGUUCUUCCAGUAGGAUUUAUGUCCCUCGCAGCUAUGAAGAUGGCAGUAAUAGGAUUUCUCUAAGAUGAAAAAAAUGGAAUUACACUUUCUAACCGCUGAACUGAACCUUUUUUUUGGUUUUGCUUAAGGCAAGUUGUAUAUGAUUUUCCCAUUUCUGCCAUUUGAUGCAAUAGAUGAUAGCAUGUCUAGUGAGAGCAUAAUCUAGGAUUUUGUGGAUCAUGUUUUAAAAAUACAUGAUGGUGGGACCAUCAUGGUGUAUGAAAAAGCAAGGGUUUUAGCAUAGGCAGACAUGGUUUUGCCAUUUAUUAACUGUGAGCCUUAGAGCAUUGCUGACAUUCAAGUUCUCCUGUCUUUAGUUUCCUUCUCUAUGUGGAAAGGAUGAGGGAAAGGUCUGUUUGCUCCAUAAUGUUGAGGUGAUGAUGAAGAGAGAAUGCCUGUCAAGUGCCUAACCCCAUAGCCAUAGUAUUGAAAUAUUAACUGUUACUGAUGAUUUCAUAAGAGAAACUUGCUUUGGAAAUGUAGUCACUGUUGCCUUUAAGUAACACCUAUGGGUAAGACAUUAGAAGAGAGCAGAGGUGUAUGCACCAGUGUUUUUUAAUCUCUUGGUGAUGUAAGUACAAGUGACUGUAAUUUUUCUUUGUACUUUUGGUACAUACUGAACACGCAUCAUUUUUUGUAAUCUGAAAAGCUUCUGAAAUAUGAAAUCAGAUAUCAAUUUAUAUCAGUUUAUGUGUAGCUGUUCGUUAUGAUUUAAGGCUCUCCAUUUUCAAAUUCUGACUCUAUAGGCCAAAGUCUAUAAGGCAAGAAAUAAAAUUGGGAGCCGUUUCAGUCCAGUUAUUAUAUCAUGGAUUUAUAGAUAAUCAUGAAUUUACAGAUCUACAUCUUCACCUCAUGCUGAUUGUAAAUGGUAUACUUCAUGCUAUGAAUGUUUAAAAUGGUACUAUGUUCACAGUUCCAAAAAGGUUUUAGAAAGGUUUUUAGUGAAAAGCAUUGUCCCCACCUAUUCUCCAAUAUGGCCAGUUUCUACUGACCUUACUUUAAAAUCUGGGUAACUUCUUUAUGCAAAAAUAAAUGUGAAUACAUAC